AUGAUGGUGAGAUUGAUCAAAAUUAUAUGGUUUCUGUUUUUGAUACUGCUCCUGUUAGAGAAUGGAAGAGGGAUAACCUCAGCUUCAAAUUACCUAAUUGGGCUCGGAAGCUAUGACAUUACUGGGCCCGCUGCCGAUGUCAACAUGAUGGGAUAUGCUAACAUGGAACAGACAGCAUCUGGGGUUCACUUCAGACUGCGAGCUCGUACUUUCAUUGUGGCAGAACCAGUGGGAAACCGAGUUGUAUUCGUUAAUCUUGAUGCUUGUAUGGCCUCCCAACUUGUGACAAUAAAAGUCCUUGAGAGGUUGAAGGCAAGGUACGGAGAUCUAUAUACAGAAAACAAUGUUGCUAUCAGCGGAAUUCACACACAUGCUGGCCCUGGCGGUUAUCUUCAAUAUAUUGUAUAUAUUGUAACAUCUCUUGGUUUUGUUCGCCAAUCAUUUGAUGCCCUGGUUGAUGGCAUUGAGCAGAGUAUCAUACAAGCUCAUGGUAGCCUUCAACCUGGAUCAAUAUAUAUUAAUAAAGGGGAGCUUUUAGAUGCUGGGGUCAACCGCAGUCCAAGUGCUUAUCUCAAUAAUCCUGCAGAAGAACGCAGUAAAUACAAGUAUGAUGUUGAUAAAGAUAUGACUGUUUUGAAGUUUGUAGAUGAUGAAUGGGGUCCAGUAGGUAGCUUCAAUUGGUUUGCAACCCAUGGGACUUCUAUGAGCCGUACAAACUCAUUGAUAAGUGGGGACAACAAAGGAGCUGCUGCACGUUUUAUGGAAGACUGGUUUGAUCAGGAUAGUGGUGAAAGGACAUUUUCUGAUGAAUCUAAGCCUAGUGGUAUCCCUCGGAGAGUCUCAAACAUUAUUCCAAUUGUUCGCAAUGAUCAUCAUGAGUUGCGGGAACUUGCUGCUUCUUUCAAGUCUUCUUCAGGCAAACCGGCAACCAGAUUUAUGAGCCUUGCAAGACGUGUAAGAAGUAAUCUAAGGCGAGAUGAUAGGCCUAGAUUCAUAUCUGCAUUUUGCCAAACCAAUUGUGGGGAUGUUAGCCCAAAUGUGCUUGGGACCUUCUGCAUAGACACAGGGUUGCCUUGUGACUUCAAUCAUAGUACCUGUGGAGGGAAGAAUGAAUUAUGCUACGGCCGAGGUCCUGGGUACCCUGAUGAAUUUGAAAGUACACGAAUCAUUGGUGAUAGACAAUUCAAAAUGGCAGUAGAACUUUUCAAUAAUGCAUCAGAGCAAUUGAAGGGGAAGGUUGAUUAUCGCCAUACUUAUGUAGACUUCUCCAAGCUUGAGGUGACAAUUCCUAAACAGGGAGGGGGUACUGAGAUUGUAAAAACCUGUCCUGCAGCGAUGGGAUUUGCAUUUGCUGCUGGUACAACUGAUGGACCUGGGGCUUUUGAUUUUAAGCAAGGAGAUGACGAGGGGAAUGCGUUUUGGAGACUGGUGCGUAACCUACUUAAAACACCAAAACAAGGACAGGUUGACUGUCAAAAUCCAAAGCCCAUUUUGCUUGAUACUGGUGAAAUGAAAGAGCCUUAUGACUGGGCGCCCUCAAUACUUCCAGUCCAGAUUCUGAGGAUAGGACAGCUGGUCAUUCUCAGUGUACCUGGAGAAUUCACUACAAUGGCUGGAAGACGGCUACGAGAUGCUAUGAGAACAGUGCUCACAGGUGGAGGUAGCAAAGAAUUUGAUGAAAAUGUUCAUGUAGUGAUUGCUGGGUUGACAAAUACGUACUCACAAUAUAUAACGACCUUUGAGGAGUACCAGAUACAGAGAUAUGAGGGUGCCUCGACACUAUAUGGCCCGCAUACCCUCUCUGCCUACAUUCAGGAGUUCGAGAAGCUUGCAGCAGCCCUUAUCAGUGGACAGUCUGUGCAAUCUGGUUCACAACCCCCAGAUCUUCUAGGCAAGCAAAUAAGCUUGCUAACACCAGUCGUGAUGGAUGCAACUCCUUGGGGUGUAAAGUUUGGUGAUGUCAGCAAAGACGUACCCAAGAACUCCACCUUUACGAGAGGUGAAAACGUAACGGUCAUUUUCUGGUCAGCAUGCCCCAGAAAUGACCUGAUGACCGAAGGUACAUUUGCACUGGUUGAGAUUCUCCAAGGGAAGGAUAAUUGGGUUCCAGCUUAUGAUGAUGAUGAUUUUUGCCUCCGCUUUAUAUGGUCACGACCUUCUAAACUAAGUACUCGAAGCCAUGCAACCAUAGAAUGGAUAAUACCAGAAAAUGCUGCUUCAGGUGUAUACAGAAUAAGGCAUUUUGGUGCGGCUAAGCGUCUUUUGGGGUCAAUUAAGCAUUUCACAGGCUCUUCUAGUGCUUUUGUUGUAGCAUGA